CUCAUUCUCAAGGAGAACCAAGACAAAAAACCCACUGGAUUUCAGACAUCUCCAUUAAAUCUCUCUCUCUGAAUAUCAUCAUCUUCAUAUCUUCAAAUCAAAUUCAACCAUUAGAUUCCCUCUCUUCAUUUACUCUGUUUUUAAUUUUGUGGGUGUUUAUGUUUGAAUCUUUUACAUCAUCUGUUCAUGGACCCUGAAACAAGUUCCAUUUACAGCAUCAGUAACCAUGAAGUUAGCAGGCAAGAUAUACAUUCUGCCAUUGCAAAAUCUGUUGAGUUGAGAGCUCUUCACGCAGCGCUGGUUCAAAACAGUCCUGCCACUCUCAAAUUCGCAUCUUCCUCCCCUGCCUCGCGUUCUCUCUCGCAGUUCUCUGCUCACGAUUACCCUGUUUUCACCCCUACUUAUGAGGACGAAACAUUACAAGCCUAUCAACAUAUUCCAAUGAAAAGCCGAACAAUAUCCGAGAGUUGGGACGAGCAUGGAGGUUCAGAAGGAGGAAAUGACAAUGAAACUGCUGUGCAAAAUUACAUGAAGGAUAACUCAGCUUCAAGAAUAGGAUUGACUGCUAGCUUGUCCACCUCAGAAUCCCAUAUUUGUCCCGCCGGGGAUCACAAAUCGAUCACUUCUUCGUCUUUAAACAACAUUAAUGUUCGGUACACAUCUCCUGGAACAGAAUUCUACAAGUCAAAUAGGAGAAAUAGCUUGGGGGACUUCAAAUCCGUGUCGUCUUGUAAUGGGUGUAAGCCCGCAAUUAUAUCUACUGAAUCCGAGUUUGUCCGCAGGAACAGCAAGAAUUCUAACAUUGUUGUACCAUUGACAGAUUCUCACUCAUCAGUUCAACCACAACCGAAAAAUCGGGGGGUGAUUUCGCGGUUAUUCCCAAAGUUAAGGAAGAAGUAUAAGAAUGAGAGUUCCCCAAACCGGACAGAAUCUGAGGGAGUUUCACAAGUCCUUUUUAAGGACUUGGGGAUGUUUUCAAUUGAAGCACUGAAAAGAGAGCUAAUUGAAGCAAAUGAGAAUAAAGAAGCAGCAUUAUUGGAGGUAUCCGAGAUGAAAUCUUCAUUGAGUGAGCUAAAACAGAAGUUGGAGUACCUGGAAAACUACUGUGAAGAGCUGAAGAAAACAUCGAAACAAGCAAUGCAGGCAAGGGAGUCUCAAAAGCUCGCGAUUUUUCCGAGAAGAGGUAAAUCCAUUGAUGGGAAUGGAGAGAAUUCGAUGCCGUUGAGUGAGGACGUAAUGGUGGAGGGUUUCUUGCAGAUACUAUCAGAAGCAAGGCUAUCAGUAAAACAGUUCUGCAAAAUCCUUCUAAGCCAAAUCAACGAAACUGAUGGUAGUCUCAUUGACAAUUUGAAUUCGCUUCUUCAACCGUAUAAACUGUCAUUGAACUCAAAGUACUCAAAGGCAGUACUAUACCAUUUUGAAGCUAUAAUAAACCAAGCACUCUACCAAGAGUUCGAGAAUUGUGUAUUCGAAAAGAACGGCUCGCCAAAGCACUUAGACCCCCAAAAGGAUCGCCAAGAACAAUUUUCAUCAUUCGUUGCAUUGAGAGACUUGAGCUGGAAUGAAGUGUUGAUGAAGGGAUCCAAGUAUUACAGUGAAGAGUUCAGUAAGUUUUGUGAUCAAAGAAUGAAUCUCAUUGUCACAACUAUGAAUUGGACUAGACCUUGGCCUGAACAGCUUCUUCAAGCAUUCUUUGUGUCUGCAAAAUGUAUCUGGUUGCUUCAUUUACUUGCCUUUUCGUUCGAUCCCCCGCUGGGGAUAUUAAGAGUGGAAGAGAGCAGAAGCUUUGAUCCACAAUACAUGGAAGACAUGUUCAUGGAUAAGCAGAGGUCUUACAGUCCGAGCCGAAUUAAGAUUAUGGUCAUGCCAGGGUUUUAUGUUCAAGAUAGGGUUUUGAGGUGUAAGGUUCUUUGCAGGUACAAGUCAGUAGCUUAAAUGAUCUAGCAGUUAUAAGUGUUGAAAUAUUAUUGUUCUACAAGUCUCUGGUUUCUACCUUGCAGGAGCAGUGUCUCUGUAAGUCUAAGUCUCCGGAAUGGCCAAAUCAUGACGGGUUUUGGGCCACGAGACUUUAGUUUACAAGUUUACAUCUUAUUGGAUUUGCAGGGCAAUGGGCCUCUUUCUGUUCAAUGAAUUGGACCGUUGAAUUCA